AUGCCAGAAGAAAAUCCAGGACCACCCCCUGGGUUCGGCAACCCUUCCGGAAGUGGUUCCGGAAACAAUGAAGCUCCAUCAUCAAUUCGAACCACCCUCCGACCAACUCAAAGGCAGGUGGAAGCUAUUAAGCCAUUACUAAGGGAAGUGUUAAGAAGAGCUACUUUAGGGGAAGUUCAAACACAAUUGAACUUCGAUGGUGAAAGUGAAGAGGUAGACGAAGAGAUAGAAGCUGAAGCUCCACCAGUACGCCAAUCUGAACCAAGGAUUCAACAAAGGUCCGUACCCACUAAUGCAACCCAGGCAGUGAUGCCGCAUAUAGCAGGGAAUGGAGCAGGCACAACAGUACCGGAACAACCAAGCCAACUGCCUCCUCUUGCAGCAGCAUACGUUCAACAGACAGGGCAAACAUAUAACCCAAUCUAUCAUGGGUAUACUAGUGUGCCACAAGUACAAUAUACGCAAGCUCCCCAACCUCAGAUGCAAGGAUACCAGUAUGGACCCUACGUAGCAACACCAAACACACAAUAUAUCAAUCCAAUAUCCCAAAGCAACGCACAAUAUGUUACUCCAACCCAGCAGUACAACACGCCGACACCGAAUUUCACACAAGUAUCACCUCCGCAACCAAGGCUAAGUACUCAAAACACCCUCCCGUCCUACUGGCAAACACCAGGGAUAAGGCAGGAGCAGGUAGUUCCCCAAUAUAGCAUGGCGGUGCCAACCAUGAAUCCUCAGUGGGCUCCAAAUGAAAAGGAUAUGGUGGUGCAAACGGAACCAGGUCCUUUCAUUUAA